GUAAGAGAGAGAAGGGGUUGACAAGCCGAUUAGCUGCUUUACGGUAAAAUCCAGAGAAAGUGAGCACUAAUGGGAAUGUGGAUUUUAUCCCUCCAGGAAUCCUAUUUAGCCCGCUAGGAAUUAACCUUGACUGUAAUUAGGUCCCUGAGAGCAGUGACCCUUCCAGAGAAUGUUCAGAGACCUCUAUUUUGUUUAGACACCUUGUGUGGGUGGAACUUCCUGUUUACACAGAGGGCAGCAUAAAGCCUAGUUGCUCUGAGGAAUGUUUGGGACCAGAUCAAUUGCAGGGAAUAAGGUACAAUACAGUCUGGUCUCCUCCGGUUGCCUUCUCCCUGCAGCAUGGAGAGGAACAAACUCCUCCAUCCAAGUCUUACUCUCCUUCUUCUGCUCUUCCUGCCUACAGAUGCCUCAGUCUCUGGAAAACCGCAAUACCUGGUGCUGGUCCCCUCCCUGCUCCACACUGGGACCCCUGAGAAGGGCUGCCUCCUUCUGAGCCAUCUGAAUGAGACAGUCACUGUAAGCGCCUCCUUGGAGUCCCUCAGAGAGAACAGGAGCCUCUUCACCAACAUACUGGCCGAGAAGGACUUAUUCAACUGUGUCUCCUUCACAGUCCCAAGAUCUUCAUCCCAUGAGGAAGUCAUGUUCCUCACUGUCCAGGUGAAAGGAGCAACCCAAGAAUUCAAGAAGCGGACCACAGUGUUGGUGAAAAAUGAAGAGAGUCUGGCCUUUGUCCAGACAGACAAACCCAUCUACAAACCGGAGCAGACAGUGAUGUUUCGUGUUGUCUUGUUGGAUGAAAACUUUCACCCCCUGAAUAAAUUGAUUCCGCUAGUGUAUGUGGAGGACCCCAAAGGAAAUCGCAUCAUGCAAUGGCAGCACCUCCAAGUAGAGAAUGGCCUCAAGCAACUGAGCUUCCCCCUCUCCUCAGAGCCCUUUCAGGGCUCCUACAAGGUGGUGGUACAGCAGGAAUCAGGUGAAACGGCAGAGCAUCCCUUCACCGUGGAGGAAUUCGUGCUUCCUAAGUUUGAAGUACAAGUGAGGACACCACAGAUAAUCACCAUCUUGGAAAAAGCAGUGAAUGUGUCGGUGUGUGGCCUAUACACUUAUGGGAAGCCUGUCCCAGGACAUGUGACCAUAAGCAUCUGCAGAAAGUACAGCAACCCUUCUACCUGCUUUGGUGGAGAGUCUCAAGCUAUCUGCGAGAAGUUCAGUGGGGAGCUAAACAGCCAGGGAUGCUUCUCUCAGAGUGUGGAAACCAAGGUCUUCCAGAUGAAGAGACAAGAGUUUGAAAUGAAACUUGAAGUGGAGGCGAAGAUCAAAGAGGAAGGAACAGAGGUGGAAUUAACCGGCAAGGGGUCCACUGAAAUAACAAGAACCAUAACCAAACUCUCGUUUGUGAAAGUGGACUCAUAUGUUAGACGAGGAAUUCCCUUCUUUGGGCAGGUACGCCUGGUGGAUGGGAAAGGUGUCCCUGUGCCAAAGAAAGUCAUCUUCAUCACCGCAAACGAAGCCAAAUAUGAGUCUAAUGCCACAACUGAUGAGCACGGCCUGGUGCAAUUCUCCAUCAACACCACCGAGAUCAUGGGCACCUCGCUCACUAUCAGGGUCAAACACAAAGAUCACAGUCCCUGUUACGGCUACCAGUGGGUCUCAGAAGAACAUGAAGAAGCGUAUCACACUGCGAAUCUCGUAUUCUCCCAAAGCAAGAGCUUUGUCCACUUAGAGCCGGUGCCUCAAGAAUUGCCCUGUGGCCAAACUCAGACAGUCCAAGCACAUUAUGUACUGAAUGGCCAGGUCCUGCGGGAGCUGAAGGAGCUCGUGUUCUAUUACCUGAUAAUGUCAAAGGGAGGCAUUGUCCGAGCUGGGACUCAUACACUGCCCGUGGAGCAGGGAGACAUGAAAGGCUCUUUUUCCUUGUCAUUCCCCGUGGAGGCAGACCUCGCUCCCAUCGCUCGGCUGCUCAUCUAUGCCAUUUUACCCGACGGGGAAGUGGUUGGGGAUUCUGCAAAAUAUGAGGUUGAAAACUGUCUGCCCAACAAGGUGGGUUUGCACUUCAACCCAGCACAAGGUCUCCCGGGGUCCCACGCCCACCUGCAAGUCACCGCUUCCCCUAAGUCCCUCUGCGGCCUCCGCGCUGUGGACCAGAGUGUGCUGCUCCUGAAACCCGAGGCCGAGCUUUCCCCCACCACGGUUUAUAACCUGCUACCAGUAAAGGACCUCAACAGUUUCCCUGAGAGUUUAAAUCAACAGGAGGAAGAUAAUGAAGAUUGCAUCAGUCAGCAUAAUGUCUAUAUCAAUGGGAUCAUGUAUUCCCCAGUAUCAAAUACGAAUGAAAAAGAUGUCUAUAGCUUCCUACAGGAUAUGGGCUUAAGGGUAUUUACCAACACCAAGAUUCAUAAACCCAAAAUAUGUUCACCACUUCCAUUAUAUGAAAUGCAGACAUCUCGAAGGCUACUAGCUUCUCCAGCCUUAGCGGAAAUGGAUAGAGGAGGCCAUGCCCUCAUGAACAUGGUACGCAUAUCAGAGCCUCUCGCCACGGAGACUGUGCGCAAGUACUUCCCUGAGACGUGGAUCUGGGAGUUGGUGCCCGUAAACGACUCGGGUGUGGCUGAAAUAGAAGUGACCAUCCCCGAUACCAUCACUGAGUGGAAAGCAGGGGCCCUCUGCCUGGCCAGUGACAUUGGACUUGGUCUCUCUCCGACUGCCUCUCUCCAAGCCUUCCAGCCAUUCUUUGUGGAGCUCACAAUGCCCUACUCAGUGAUCCGUGGAGAGGGCUUCACGCUCAAGGCCACUGUGUUCAACUACCUUCCCAAAUGCAUCCGGGUCAGUGUGCACCUGAUGGACUCUCCUGCAUUCCUAGCUGUCCCAGAAGAGAAGGAAGAAAAGGCCCACUGCAUCUGUGGGAAUGGCCGGCAAACUGUGUCCUGGGCAGUAACCCCAAAAUCAUUAGAGAAGGUGAAUUUCACAGUGACUGCAGAGGCACUGUCGUCUCAAGAGCUGUGUGGGACUGAGGCGGCUAUGGUCCCCGAAUAUGGAAGGAAGGACACAAUCAUCAAGUCCCUGUUGGUUGAACCUGAAGGACUAGAGAAGGAAGUAACAUUCAACUCCCUGCUUUGUCCAUCAGAUGCUGGGGCGUCUGAACAAUUAUCUCUGAAGCUGCCCCCAAAUGUGGUAGAAGACUCUGCUCGUGCCUUCUUCUCAGUUCUGGGAGACUUAUUAGGCUCUGCCAUGAGAAACACACAAAACCUCCUCCAAAUGCCCUACGGCUGUGGAGAACAGAAUAUGGUCCUCUUUGCUCCUAACAUCUAUGUUCUGGAUUACCUGAAUGAAACACAGCAGCUGACUGCAGAGAUCAAGUCCAAGGCCAUUCGCUACCUCAACACCGGUUACCAGAGACAGCUUCUCUACAAGCACUACGAUGGCUCCUAUAGCACCUUUGGGGAGCACUAUGGCAGAAGUGAGGGCAAUACCUGGCUCACAGCCUUUGUAAUGAAGACUUUUGCCCAGGCUCGAACCUACAUCUUCAUUGAUGAAACGCAUAUUACCGAAGCCCUCACCUGGCUCUCCCAAAAGCAGAAGGACAAUGGCUGUUUCAGGAGCUCUGGGUCACUGCUCAACAAUGCCAUUAAGGGUGGAGUGGACGAUGAAGUAACCCUCUCUGCCUAUGUCACCAUUGCACUUCUGGAGAUUCCUCUCGCUGUCACUCACCCUGUCGUCCGCAGUGCCCUGUUCUGCCUGGAGACAGCCUGGAAGUCAGCCCAGGAGGGAUCCCAAGGCAGCCAUGUCUACACCAAGGCACUGCUGGCCUACGCCUUUGCCCUGGCGGGUAACCAGGAAAAGAAGAAAGAAGUGCUCCAGUCACUAGAUGCGGAAGCCGUGAAGGAAGGUGAUUCCAUCCACUGGACACGACCUCGGAAACCCGAGGCACCAGUGCAGCAUUUUUACAAACCCCGGGCGCCCUCAGCUGAGGUGGAGAUGACGGCCUACGUGCUCCUCACCUGCCUCACAGCCCAGUCCGCCCUGAGCUCGGAGGACCUGAACCUCGCUACGCUCAUCAUGAAGUGGAUCACAAAGCAGCAGAAUUCCCAAGGGGGCUUCUCCUCCACGCAGGACACAGUGGUGGCUCUCCAUGCUUUGUCCAAAUACGGAGCAGCCACUUUCACCAGGACCGGGAAGGCUGCAGAGGUGACCAUCCAAUCCACAGGGACAUUCUCCAAAAAAUUCCAAGUGAACAACGACAACCUCCUGUUACUACAGCAGAUAUCAUUGCCAGCAGUGCCUGGAGAAUACAGCAUAACAGCAACAGGAAAAGGAUGUGUUUACCUCCAGACAUCUCUGAAGUACAAUAUUCUCCCGAAAAAGGAAGACUUCCCAUUUGCUUUGGAGGUGCAGACUCUGCCGCCAACAUGUGAACCCAAAGCCCACACCAGCUUCCAGAUCUCAGUGAAUGUCAGUUACACUGGAAGCCGUCCAGCCUCCAACAUGGCGAUUGUUGAUGUAAAGAUGGUAUCUGGCUUCAUUCCUUUGAAACCAACAGUGAAAAUGCUUGAAAGAUCUGACAACGUGAGCCGAACAGAGGUCAGCAGCAACCAUGUUUUGAUUUACCUGGAUAAGGUGACAGAUCAGUCCCUGAGCAUGUCCUUCACGGUUACACAGGACAUCCCAGUAAGAGAUCUGAAACCAGCCAUAGUGAAAGUCUAUGACUAUUAUGAGACAGCUGAGUUUGCCAUCGCUGAGUACAACGCUCCUUGCAGCAAAGAUCCCGGAAAUGUUUAAAGGCCACAUCAAUAAAAACUGCUUUGCUGGAGUCCCUGUUCCACAGCUUCAGUUCUCCAUAUUAGAAAAGAGUGUAUCUCUGAAAGCUUAAUAAAUAAACCUUUUUUUUUUUCUGGUCAGAGUC